UGCUGUGAGAGUCAGUAAUUGUAAAAUUAUGUUAGGUAACACUGAUCUGUGCUCGCCUUUGAUUCUUGUUUUGGCAUCCUUGCUCGUGCAAGCAAAAUUACCAUUGAGGCAGGAAUUGAUUUCACUUAGUCCCAAUAGUUUGAGGAGCUCCUCAGAUGGACAGGUUUUUUUGGCUGAACUUUAUGUGGCCCAUUGCGAGAGCUGCAGUUCCCUGAGACUGAAUUACCUUGCCGCCAUCUUAGAGGACCGAUCGGACGCAAAUGUCACAGUUGGAACUAUCGACUGCAUAAAGUAUGCAAAUUUUUGUAGUGAGCUGAAUAUAACUAAAUAUCCGACUGUGGGCAUAUUCAAGAGGCGCGGAGAGCAGUACAGACUCCUCUAUGGGUCACCCGAUCUGCUCACGCUGAUGAAGGUGUUGGGUCUACAACACGAUGGUGGCAUGGUUGAGAGCCGUGAGCUCAGAGAUGAAAGGAUUUGUAACCCUGGCAGGGUAUUCGCACUUGAACCAGGAACAUUCACCAGGACCCUAUCACAUGGACAGUUUUUAGUCAAAUUUUAUUCACCCACUUGCUUCCAUUGCCGCGUCCUGGCACCCGCCUGGAUAGAGCUAGCUACCAGACUGCAAAGUUAUGACCUAUGUGUGGGCGAGCUUGAUUGCACCAUCGCCGUAGCUAUUUGCAACAAUUUCGAAAUCAAGCAUGUGCCGACCAUUGCGUGGUUUCGGAAUGGCGAAAAAGUGCAAGUAUAUUCUGGGCCACGAGAUCUCAGCUAUUUAAAAGAGUUUGCUCUUGACAUGCUUCAUGGGACAUAUAGAAAUAGAUAUAGCUAUUCAACAGGCUCCAUUAAGGAGAGGAACGAUGUUUUUCUUAUAUUAGCUUUUACGAUUUAUAUUUUUGUACUAUAGUCAAUGAGAUACUUGUCUAAGCGAGAGGAGACUCAUGGGAUCAUACGUACAUUGAUGGACGGGUCAAAUGAAUGACAUUUAUCAGAAUAAACUCAUAAGUGCAUCUGUAGAAAUGUGAAAGAAUAAUAAUCGAAAAACAACAAUUUGAAGCUAUUUCCCU